AUGGCUCCAGGGUGCGUCAAUAUUUUGAUGCACCAUGGGGGUGCUUUUUCAAAGGAAGGUGCGCUGACCUAUGAAGGAGGUGAAGUCUCCCUUUUUCGAAACAUUGAGAAGCAAGCAAUGUCCUACUUCAAUGUAGUACAACUGGCUGCUAGCUUAGGAUUCAAGGAUGGGGACAAUCUGUUCUAUGCCAUUCCUGGUCGCAUCCUUGAUGAAGCUGGUAUAGACCACCUGAAAGAUGACACUUCCGUUUCUGAAAUGUUGAAGUUCGCAAAUCAAACCAACUUUCUAGAGGUCUACAUUCAGCAUAAUGAACACAGUGGCAGCGGCUAUCCAACAGCUGGUUACUGCAUCCAACAAGACAACGUUGCCAAGAAAUCAGCGACAAAGGUUGAUUAG